AUGAGUAAACGUGAUAACAAACGUAGUUCCCGUAAACGACGAUCUAGUGAACUUAGUGAGUAUGAAGCUUCACCGAAGCACCGCAGAUCAAACGAUACUUCGACUUCCUUUUUAUCAAUCGAUCGCCCAUUUUCUCCAGCUGCUCUUGCAAGAAAGCUUGAUGAGUUACGUGCUGAUAUCCUUACCGAAACAGCGGACGAAUUGUCUGCUGUAGAGCUACGCGGUUUCGAUAAUAAGGCUAGCCUUAAAGAAGAGUACGUGAAGCGGAGGGAGGAAGUACGUCGUCAGCUUAGCAAUCCGGAUGCUUUUGAUGCGAAUGUCAAAACAAUACUGAAUUAUGACGAUGCUGCUGUAGCUGGAGCUAAACUACUGAUUGAUGAAACUCGGGCAACUAGAAGUAUGUGCAAGAAGUUAUUGGAAGAUUGUGGUAUCAAAGAAGACCAAAUACUGUACAAACCGCUUUCAUACGAUGAAGGAACUGACUAUCAGUCUGCUAAGCACUUAGCAGACUCAAGGCAAGCAUCUGUCGUAGAGUCAUUCGUGGAUUUUAAGAAGCAAAUCAAGCUCAAAUACCAGGUCCUGAACUGCGUGGCUUUGAGAAACAGUGACCAGAUGUCUAAAUCUGACGGGAGGCUGACUCGUCGAGCUCUCGAGGAAACGAAGGAACUGCAAAGAAGAAAAGCAAGAACUGCAAAAAGUAGAAAUACUGUCAUGCGCACUCCACGCAAGAACCCUCAUUUCGAUCCUCUGGAUGAGAAAAAGAUCAUCGAGAAAUACGCCUUGGAGGUCGCAUCGGAUGUUCAUGGCAGCCGAAAGCGCCGUCGUAUAGCUCCUGUUCCUUUCGAUAUCACUCUCUUAGACGAUAUCGACUAUAGCUUUAGUGGUCCAGUCUGA